CAACUUUCUAAUGGAAAUCAACAAUGUGGCUGAAAGUCUUCGUCACCUUCGUCUUCAGCUUCUCCAGCUGCCAGCCGGCAUCAGUCUUCCUGGAUCCAGACCGGGCCCACGGCGUCCUGGUCCGGACUCGGAGGUAUAACUCAGGCUUGCUUGAGGAGCUACAGAAGGGAGAUCUGAAGCGGGAGUGUCUGGAGGAAAAAUGCUCCUACGAGGAGGCCCGGGAGGUGUUUGAACACACCGAGAUCACGGACGAGUUUUGGAAGACCUAUAACAUACCAGACAGCUGCAAGUUGAACCCCUGCCUGAAUGGUGGAAUCUGCUCUGUCCAGGCUUCAUCCUACACCUGCGACUGCCUGCCACAGUUCAGCGGACUCAACUGUGAGCUCGAAUACCACCCCGACCCCGAGACCUGCCUGCUGGACAACGGAGGCUGUGAACAUUUCUGUGUUGAAGACGAGGGAGGACAUAGACUUAACUGCUCGUGUGCAGACGGUUACUUCCUGGACACUGAUGGGACGAGCUGCCUGGCAAAAGAGUCGAUAGCGUGCGGCAUGGUCCCUGUCCUGCAGGGAGAAGAUAAAGCCAAGCAGCUCGACCCUCGAGCACGAAUUGUCGGUGGAGUAGAGUGUCCCAAAGGUGAAUGCCCCUGGCAGGUUUUGCUGGUGUAUGAGGGCAAAGGUUUCUGUGGUGGUGUGAUUUAUAAACCUACAUGGAUCCUCACAGCGUCUCACUGCCUGGAGGACACUGACGCGCAGUUUCUAAAAGUGGUCGCAGGCGAACACAACACUGAGGUGGAUGAGGGCACGGAGCAGUACGUCCAGGUCGCCCAGAUCAUUAUGCACGAGCACUAUGUGAAGAGCACCGCUGACAAUGACAUCGCCCUCCUGCGCCUGGCGUCGCCCAUCGUUUACACGCCAUAUGCCGUCCCAGCCUGCCUGCCGACGAGACUGCUGGCAGACCACCACCUCUGGGCAAUCAUGAAGCACACAGUGAGUGGCUGGGGAAGGCGGGGGGAGAACGGACCAACCUCACAUGUGCUGCGACGGCUCAAAGUACCUCGGAUCCUGACGCAGCAGUGUGUAGAGGAGAGUGGCGUGGUGCUCACCAAGAACAUGUUCUGCGCCGGGUACAUCGAGGGCCGGCAGGACUCGUGUGAAGGCGACAGUGGCGGGCCGCUAGUGACGGCGUACAAGAAGACAACGUUCCUGCUGGGGAUCGUCAGCUGGGGGAAGGGCUGUGCCCGACCGGGCAACUACAGCAUCUACACCCGGGUGUCCAACUACCUGGAGUGGAUCCACGACCAAACAGCGAGACCAGAACAGCCGACAAACAACACCAAGGCUUUACUGCACGACCUGACCACCUGAGAACAGCGCUGCUCAACAUACGCUGGCAGAUCCUCAAGUUCUUAUGUUAUAAUUUACUGUAUUCACACAGCGGACAUUUUCAGCCCUCAGAAGAGAAAAGAUUGUCAAAUGUAUUAAACUAGCUUUGCUUUAUGGAAAAUAAUUUAUAUGUAAAUCUAAAAAAAUGUGCAGUUUUAUGAACAAAUGGACAAUUUGAAUCUCUCUUUUUGACAUUUAAGUCUUCUUGAUGUGCAGAUUUUUGUCUGUGUCUUUACUUUUGAUGAUUAAACCAUCAAAUCCUGAAAAAAUAAUUCUCCAAAACACAUCAGUGAAGAUUUCCGACUAAGAAUUCAUCAAAUUAGCAGAAGACUUUGAAACAACAACAACUGCUUAAUUAGCAGGAAGGUGGUUAUCUAACUCGGGUUAAAAAUACUGUACAUUGACAAUACAGCUCUUUAUCCACUAAAGUAGAAACAGACAACUUUUCAACCCCCCCAGUGUUUUCAAGUGGUAUUAAUGUUCAGAGCCUUGCUCCGUGAAGAAAUGAUCAACAGCACUUUGGAAAUAAUAAAUACUCAACCAUC